GCAGAGAGUCGCGCGGGAGAGAGUGAAGCCGGCGCCGAAGCCGGUGUAGUGUCGGGCGUAUUUGGUCACGAAGUGAACGAGGGACACGGGGAGCUGGUCGACGUCUCUGGACCCGAGGAAUCAUGAGCGAUAGCCAUGCAGCUGGUGGCUCAGACCACCACACGCAAGACGACGAGAUGGUCGCCACGGAGCGUGAUCUGGCGGAGGACGCCCCUUGGAAGCGCAUCCAACAAAAUACCUUCACGAGAUGGGGCAACGAGCACUUGAAGACAGUCGGCAAACACAUCGGGGACUUGAGUCAGGACCUCGCCGAUGGGUUGAGGUUAAUUGCGCUGAUCGAAGUCUUGGCCGGCAAGAAGCUGCCCAAACAUAACAAGCGUCCGCAGUUCCGGUCGCAGAAACUAGAAAACGUUUCUGUUGCCCUGCGCUUUCUGGAACACGAUGAGAAAAUCAAGAUUGUUAAUAUUGACCGGAAUUGCGACGGAUACGCCUCUUUUCACGGUGACAAGUUCGCGUACUCCGCUGAGCCGUACGACAAUCUGAUCCAAUGA